AUGCGCCUUAGAGAAAAUGAGUACCGAGGCAAACUGCUGAGUCAAAGGUGGACCCGUGGAGAAAAGAUCAGCAGUUGCGAGACAGCAAAAAGCCUCCACAGCGGGCACAUCAAGAUGAGUUUAGAGAAUGACGACAAGCGAGCACGGACGCGAUCAAAGGCAAUCAGAGUACCGACAGAACUCAUCGGCCAGGAGGUGAGCUGCCCCACUCCAGGAUGUAAUGGAUCGGGACACAUCCGGGGAAAGUACGCCAGGCACAGGAGUUUACAAAGUUGUCCACUAGCAAAGAAGAGGAAACUUCAGCAUGUGGAGGCAGAACAUCUGGCAUCCAAGAGGAAAUCCCACCCCCUUAAGCUAGCCCUUGAUGAAGGCUACAACGUCGACAGCGACGGUAGUGAUGAGGGAGAGGUGAAAGAGGCGGAAGAGUCCGUGACGGAUGACUCUGAAGGCACGCUGGAGGAGGAAGAGGCAGAGACAAUAGACCAAGAUGAAGUCUGCCGCAGCCCCCCGCCAGAAGAAGGCCAAAUAGCAGAAGGAGUUCUGGCAGUCACGGGGCAGCCAUCUGAAAGCGAAGGACAAGUCUCCAGUGCUGGGGCGAGUGUUGGGCAUUUGCCACAUGGAGAAGCAGAGGAGGAAGAGGAGGAGGAGGAAGAGGAGGAAGAGGAGGAGGAGGCAGCUGAGGAGGAAUGUGAAAAGGAGAUCAUCAUCCAGACAGAAGAUGCCGAGGAAGUCAUUGAGGUCACCAGUGAACGCAGCAGUGACCUGUGCCUGGAACAUCGAGAUGACGAGGUGAGCUAUGAGGAGUCUUGCAAGCUGCAAAAAGGCGAGGAGGAGGAGGAGGAGGAGGAAGAGGAGGACGAGGAGGAAGAGGAGGAGGAGGAAGAUGAUGAUGAUGAAGAGGAGGACGAGGAGGACGAGGAGGAGGAGGAGGAGACGGCAACCAAAGUGAUCUGCGAAGAAACUCCUCACACAUCUCAGGACUCCCCCAAAACCCACUGUGAUGGGCCACUGGUCAGCCCCAAGCCUGAGUAUUCCGUUAUCGUGGAGGUGAGAUCAGACGACGACAAGGACGACGACUCCCACUCCCAAAAAUCCACUGUGACCGACGAGUCCGAGAUGUACGACAUGAUGACUCGGGGGAACCUGGGGCUCUUGGAGCAGGCCAUCGCGCUGAAAGCCGAACAGGUGAAGGUGGUGAGGGAGCCCGGCCAGCAGCUGGCGGAGGAGCACGCGAAGCACUUCCAGGUCGAGGAGAAGCAAAGCAAAGGCCUGGACUCCAUCCGGAAGAGCUACUACAGCAAAGAUCCUUCAAGACCUGAGAAGCGUGAGAUCAAAUGCCCAACGCCUGGUUGUGAUGGAACGGGUCACGUCACAGGGCUGUAUCCUCACCAUCGCAGUUUGUCUGGCUGCCCACACAAGGACAGAAUCCCUCCCGAAAUCUUGGCCAUGCACGAGAAUGUAUUAAAAUGCCCGACACCUGGGUGUACCGGACAGGGACACGUGAACAGCAAUCGCAACACACACCGCAGCUUAUCUGGCUGCCCUAUUGCAGCUGCUGAAAAACUAGCCAAAUCUCACGAGAAGCAGCAGCCCCCGACUGGUGACCCUUCAAAGAGUAACUCAAAUUCUGAUCGGAUACUCAGGCCAAUGUGCUUUGUGAAGCAACUGGAGGUGCCUCAGUAUGGGAGCUACAGGCCCAAUAUGGUUCCCACCACGCCAAGGGCCAACUUGGCCAAGGAGCUGGAGAAAUACUCCAAGGUCACCUUCGAUUAUGCAAGUUUUGAUGCUCAGGUUUUUGGCAAACGCAUGCUUGCCCCAAAGAUGCAGUCUAGCGAAACCUCACCUAAAGCCUUUAAAUCCAAACCUUUUCCAAAGGCCUCCUCCCCGGGCCACAGUCCCUCCAGCAGUUACGUGAAGAGCGCUUCGUCUUCAUCCACAGGCUUCGACUACUGCCACGACGCCGAAGCCGCGCAUAUGGCCGCCACCGCCAUCCUGAACCUCUCCACACGCUGCUGGGAAAUGCCUGAGAAUCUCAGCACCAAGCAGCAAGACCUUCCCAGCAAGUCCAUGGACAUCGAGGUGGAUGAGAACGGGACGCUGGACUUAAGCAUGAACAAGCACCGCAAGCGUGAGAGCGCCUUCCCCAGCAGUAGCAGCUGCAGCAGUAGUCCCAGCAUCAAAUCCCCGGAUGUGUCCCAGCGCCAAAACAGCAACAGUGCCACGAGCAGCACCAUGACCUCACCCCAGUCGAGCCACACGUCCCGCCAGGAUGAAUGGGACGGCCCCAUUGACUACACCAAACCAAAUCGACAGCGGGAGGAGGAACCCGAGGAGUCAGAGCCUGCAGUCCGUUCGUUCGCCUCUUCUGAAGCAGAUGAUCAGGAAAUACCUGAAGAAACUUUUGAAGAAAGGAAGUAUCCUGGGGAAAUCACCUUAACCAACUUCAAACUUAAGUUCCUUUCCAAGGAGAUCAAGAAAGAGCUUCUUACUUGUCCUACCCCAGGCUGUGAUGGCAGCGGACACAUCACGGGGAAUUAUGCUUCUCACCGCAGCCUUUCUGGUUGUCCUCUUGCUGACAAGAGCCUCAGAAAUCUCAUGGCUGCUCACUCUGCUGACCUCAAGUGCCCAACUCCAGGCUGUGAUGGCUCUGGCCACAUAACUGGAAAUUAUGCAUCGCAUAGGAGUCUAUCAGGCUGCCCUCGUGCCAAGAAAAGUGGAAUCAAAAUCACCCCCACAAAGGAUGACAAGGAGGACCCAGAACUGAUGAAGUGCCCCGUUCCUGGCUGUGUUGGGCUGGGACACAUCAGUGGCAAAUAUGCCUCUCAUCGUAGUGCCUCAGGGUGCCCCCUCGCAGCCCGGAGGCAGAAAGAAGGGUCACUCAACGGCUCGUCGUUUUCAUGGAAGUCACUCAAGAAUGAGGGUCCAACCUGUCCAACCCCAGGUUGUGAUGGCUCAGGUCAUGCGAAUGGAAGCUUCCUCACACACAGAAGCCUGUCAGGGUGUCCAAGAGCUACUUUUGCUGGGAAAAAGGGGAAAAUCUCAGGGGAUGAAAUUCUCAACACUAAAUUCAAGACCAGCGAUGUUCUAGAGAAUGAUGAAGAAAUUAAGCAGUUAAACAAAGAAAUUAGUGAACUGAAUGAAUCCAACACUGAGAUGGAAGCAGCCAUGGUGAAGCUGCAAUCACAGAUCUCAAGCAUGGAGAAAAACCUCAAGAACAUUGAGGAAGAGAACAAGAUGAUAGAGGAGCAGAAUGAGGCCCUCUUCCUUGAGCUCUCAGGGCUGAGCCAGACUCUUAUCCAAAGUCUUGCCAAUAUCCGCCUUCCACACAUGGAGCCAAUCAGUGAGCAGAACUUUGAUGCAUAUGUCAACACUCUUACUGACAUGUACACGAACCAGGAGUGCUAUCAGAAUCCUGAGAACAAGGACCUACUGGAAAGCAUCAAACAGGCCAUUAAAGGAAUUCAGGUCUAA